AUGGAUGAUCAACCCAAGGCAGAAGGAGAAGCAGACAAGAAAAUCGUUCAUGUGUACCCUCUGGUUAAGUUUUCCGAUAUGAAUGACGAUGUCCGGGCCGAGGCGAUAGAAUUGAGCAUUACAGCCUGUGAGAAAUAUGCACAAAACUACGAGCAUGCAGCGAAGGCGAUCAAGGAGUUGAUGGAUAAAAAGUUCGGCACUUUUUGGCACGUGGUCGUUGGCGAAGGAUUCGGUUACGAGGUUUCUUACGAAACCAAGAACAUUCUCUACCUGUUCUUCGGAGGGAAUUUGGCAAUUGUUCUGUGGAAGUGUUCUUAG